GUCGGCGGUGGACACGCCCCUGCCGCUGUGGCGCGCGCGCGCCGACGCUCUUCCACGUCCUCCGCUCCCGCGGGCCCAAUGGUCGGAGAAGGCGCUGCGUGUGCGUGCAAGGCCGGGGACGGAGCGGAAUAAAACCCAACAUGGCGGCGCCCGUCUUAAGAGUGUCCACCCCUCGGUGGGAAAAAAUAGCCAGGUUCCUCGUCUGCCUGCUGGGAAUACUGCUAUCCGUAUACGCGUUUCACGUGGAAAGGGAGAAAUCGCGGGACGCGGAUUACCGGGCCAUGUGCGACCUCAGCAACUCUAUCAGCUGUUCCAAAGUGUUCGGAUCAAGAUGGGGUCGAGGAUUUGGCUUGUUGGGGUCCAUCUUUGGUAACAACAGUGCAAUAAAUCAACCAAACAGUGUCUACGGACUAUUGUUUUAUGUCUUUCAGCUGUUAUUAGGUUUGACUGCGAGCGCGAUGGCCGCCCUGAUUCUAAUGACCACGUCCAUCGUCUCGGUGAUAGGCUCGAUGUACCUGGCCUACAUCCUCUACUUUGUCCUGAAAGACUUCUGCAUCAUCUGCAUUACCACAUAUGCACUGAACUUCAUUCUACUCGUGCUCAACUACAAGAGGCUGGUCUACUUGAACGAGGCCUGGAAGCAACAGCUGAAGCGGGACUAAAAGAAAAAAAAUGAAAAUACAAGGAUAAGAGAAAAACAAAGAAAAUAAAUGUGACCUCCGAACAUUUGACUUGCCACCGGGAGACCUUGCUUCCAAACCAGUGUCUAUUCUGCGUACAUGUUAAAAAAAAAAAAGAAAAGAAAACAACAACAAAAAAACACAGGAAAUACCCAAUCUGAAGAAAAUUGAAAUCCUAGGGCCACAGAUCGCAAGUUCAUUUGCAUUAACAAACAAAGGAAUUGAUUUUUUUUUUUUUUGUAUUGUGUUACUUGCUCAUGAGGGAUGUGGGCCAGGAUAAGUCGAGUCGAAUAAAAGAGCGCGUGCAGAGAAACAGCUACGAUUAUGGAAGUCCAGGAGAAGUAUAGAGAAGGCAUAGGCCUGUUAAAUGGUGCUUACUUGAAUCCAGUGGAGUGGACUUGAAGUCCUGUUUUUCUUGUAGAGAGCUGUACAUCAACUGAAUUAUGGUCUUUUUAAUGAAUAAAAGUGCAUGAUCAUGAGGUUUAUGUACGGAUCACAGAGGUAAUUCCAUAAAAAGGCUAGAAAUCGUAAAGCGAAUAAAUUGUACCUUUUUUUUUUUUUUUUUUUUUUAUGUUUACAGUAUUUUUUUUUUUAUUUCUUUUUGAAUAAGACCACUAAUUUUAAACUGUGGGAGAAUUGUGAGAUGUUGGUGUGUAGAUGAAAAUUGUCCUACAUUUUUUUUCACUUUUUUUUUUUUUUUAUCCUGCACUUCCCUCAGCGGAUAUCGUAUUGAAGAUAUUCAGUUUGUUUGUUUUUUGUGGAAAUAACGAGGAGGAAACAAAAUUCAGCAGCGUCACAUCCGAAAAGGAAAAAUGUUCGAAUUGAGAUCAUCCUACAGUUGUGUUGUAGAUCUGCACCAAGCUCUCACAUUCCAGUUUUUACUUUUCAUAGCGAUUACUAGGCAUCAGUUUAGUCAUAAAUUUGUUUCAAUUGCACCUAAGGAGGAGUGUAUGGUUCCUUCUUAUUCCUAGGUCAGGCGUAAUGUUUUUUUUUUUUUUUUAUUAUUUUUAUUUUUUUGGGGGGGGAGAACUCGGGAGUUCACGGUGGUGAAAAAGCUAAAUUGUGAACGAGUCUUCGGGCACAGUGCAUACUUCUCUCCACCCUGCUGAGACAGCUCUUCAGACAAGCUCCCUUUUCUGUACUCUAUUGUAAAUACUCUUGUAUGUCAGCAUUCCUGUACACACAGUAACAUUCACUAGAAAAUAAUGUGCCUAAAUUUUUUUUUUUUUGUCCUUGACUCGAAAUGUGUUGUACUUAAAAGUAUUCCAUUGUG